UCCAUCUUGCCCCAGACUGUGCAAAAUUUACAUUCGCCAUAAAAACAUCAGCCGUAGGUAGCUAUGAAGAUGUUGGUAGCUCAGAAGACGCUCUUAUUGCUUUGUGUUGGGGUUUCACUGGCACAAGAUUCCAAUACAGCAGAAAAGUUAAAGAACAUUGAGGAAAGGCUGAGAGUCACUGAGGAAACACUGGAAGAGCUGAAGAAGGAAAAUCAAGUUUUAAGGACUUUCACAAAAGCCUCAAGUGAUAAACUCAAAUCUAUCCAGGCAGAAAAUAAAGCCAAAAAGGUUGCCUUUUCAGUUGGACUUUUGGCAUCUGGAUCACAAUCAUUUGGACCCUUUGAUACUCGGAAAACACUGCUGUACCAAAAAAUCUUCACUAAUGUUGGAAAUGCAUAUGACCCUAACACAGGUACUUUCACAGCACCAGUGAAUGGAGUCUAUUUCUUCAGAUUUUAUGUUCACGCUCAUACUCCUAACCAAAUGGCAGUCAGCCUCCAUAAAAAUGAUCAGCUCCAAUGCUCUGUGUAUUCUCUGAAGCCUGAGAGCAAUGCUAAUGGCAGCAAUGGUGUUGUUCUCUCACUGCAGAAGGGUGAUGAAGUAUACACACAGCUGUGGGAAAACAGCUGGGUUUUUGAUGAUGGAAACAGCUACACCAGUUUUAGUGGUUUUCUGCUUUUUCCAGUGUGAGUGUCCUCAGAAUACAGAACUGGAUGUGACAAAAAGAUAUUCAUACCACUUGUGUUGUAAUAUUUGUGUGAUAUUUGCCUCAAAGGAGGAGAACAUUGUACAUGCUUUGUACAUGUGAAUUUUAAAUGGAAAUGAAUGUAUCAGUAUGCAAUACAUUUUUAAUAUGCGAUAAAUCUUUAACAGCCUUG